AUGCUAAACUGCUUCAAUAAAGUUUUUCAUGUCACAUGCACACAGAUCCUUCUACUUGCACCGAAUUUUCUUUGAAAACGGCAUGGAAAUCUCAUCUACGAACUUUUGCAACCGGAUGCUAGCAGCCUCGAUGCGUUAUUCGAGACAUCACACUCGCGGUGUGUGAUUCGGAUGCUAUAUGCUGUUGACACCGAUAUCCUCUAGCAAAUAUUCAGCAGAAUAUGAUCAUUCUGACAACUAUUAAGGGUCACACUAUUCGUUUAUUACUAAAAGGCAGUAGCUACGGUUCUCAGAGCUCAUUAAGCUUUUUGCUAUUAACGACGAAAGUUGUCCUCUCUCUUGAAAAUUACAAUGAAAUUCUAUUUCAUUUUACUGCUCGUGUUUUCCUGCUGCAAUUUUUGUUACGCAGAAGAUUCUUCAAAAUUACGUGUGAUUUGCAUUGUCUCGGAUGAAACUGCCCCAAUCACAGAAAAAGAAGAUUUAUCCCUGGAUGAAGUGUGUAGUGAUGUACUCUACAAGACCCCCCUGAAGAAACAGAGUUGGUUCUGGCAAAAUGCAGUUAACGCCUCAGAUCCUGUUUCCAGCUUCCGUCAUCGCCACCCUGCUCUGCGACUUUACGUUUCCGUUCAUGAUUCCUUCUUGGCCACUAUGUCGCUUUCAGAAGCUACUUUUCUUGUUACAUUUUUAAAGAAGAUGAACUCUAGCGGACUCGAUGUCAUCGUCAAUCCUGAAACUAAUUUGGCUGUUUUGUCAUCCGUCCUGCACAAUUAUCAAGAAAUGCUGUCUGAAAACUCAUUUGGCUUAAGCAUCACUGUUGAUAGCCGUGUAGACAUCAGUCAAAUAGCAGAGCAUGGUAUCGAGGGUCUAGUUGACAACAUAUUCUUUGUGCCGAAUACCGUAACUUCAAAAGAUCACGAAGCAAUCAACAUUCCUAGCGUUAACGAAUUAUCAGCAAAUAAGCUAAUGAUUGGAUUAUCAUCAGUUGUAUUCGUCGUUCCCGAAUCGGAGAAGCGAUCUAACAUUCCGUCCUUUUCAGAACUCUGCAGUGGUUCAAAUUUAAACCAAUGGAAACCAAAAAUCCAACCCGAUGAUCAAGUGGUGUGGAAGCAUUCCGAGAAGAAAUGGAAGUUUGCGAUGCAAAUGGGACUGGCAGUCGCCAAUCAAAUGAAGAAAAUUCGUCGCAACAACUCACGAGCUGGAAUUUUGUUAUUUGAUGUACCCUUUAGAUUUGAAGAUAAUCUUAUUUGUUCGAGACAUCGAACUCUUUUUAUAGAUUCUCUACGUGAAGCUGUAGGAAGACACGGUUACGGAACUGGAAGGAGACGAGUGAAACGAGAUCCGACCGAGUCCUUAGCCCUCACGACUAAGCCACAGAUGAAAUUGAUCGGAGAAAGCAGCCAAUUAGGCAAAGUUCUCGUCUUUGCAGUUGGAGACGAAGAUGAACAAUUCAGAAAACAUUACAGAAUUCACGAUGAAGACUCCCUGCUCAAGAGUCCUGUUGAUCACAUCGUUCUGGGAUACGACGAUAGUGGGACGAUUUACGAUAUCUAUCAACCAAUGCCACGAGAAAUCAGUCAAGCGUCUAUUUUAAAUACUAUUCAUCGAUAUUAUGUGGACAAGAUUUUAGGAGGCGGCGGCGGAAAUGUUUUUGGCGCAGUUCAACUCCAUCCUCCUAAUAUACUCGUCUACCCAGAGGCAUCUGGAAAUCACCCUGUUCCGAUUCUGGUUACGUGGGUUCGUGUUGGCAGUCCCGUUGCGCGUCUGACGCCACGCAAGAUGCGGAAGCAGUCUUCAACGACAUCGUCUACGACGUCCAUACCAAGUACCACUCAGAGGAUGGGCGCUGAUAGUCAAAAUCCCUUCCAGCAACGUUAUUUUCCCGCCGGCUUGAUGGAGAUUUUAAAUUUGAAAUCCCGUCCAUCUGCAACGACAACAACUCGACAAUCCACUGCAAUGCGUCAAACUACUACAAAACCAUUGGUGCCUAUGAAUCCCCAAGCAAGAGUCAGUGACUCGAUUGAUGCAAGUCUUCAUGUCACAAAGAUAACGCUCCCGGAAAUGAUUCCUUCACCUCAAACAACACCAUCUUCUACUUUGUUGCUCUUGGCUAACGAACAAGAAUCGAAACUACCUAUCACUAAUAGAAUGGCCAGUCAGUCAAAAAGACAGCUACUCUGCAAUGGGGAAUCUGCUAAUUCUUAUUUAUUCUGCAAGACUCAUCGGAAUCGUAGAUUUGUUGACACUCAAUUCAAACGACCAAUUUCCAAAGCGCAAUUUGCAAUGUCGGCAAAAAGCCGAUUUUUCUGACGAGGAAAAGAUUCGUUAGCGAUUAGUUGAAGCGAUGGCCAAUAGUACUAAACGCAAGAGUGAUAUCUACAUACAGACUGUAUGUAGAUGUACUGUUUUUUUAUACAGUACAUUCUGUAAGUGAUAAUUUGGUUAUUCAAACUUGAUUGUCCAUGUACGCGCUUGUGAUACGAGUAGACUACAGCAUAUUAUUUUCGAAUGCAUCAUUUUAUACUGAUGACAAUCUGAAAUACAACAUUUAAAUUGAUAAAUUAA